AGUUUUGUUUGUAUUGAGAUUCCUUCCACCAACACAAAGCCCCUGUCUAUGCGCCACGUGUCCACACUGACUCUCUUCGUCUUAUAUAUUCAUCUCUCUUCUUUGCUUCAGAAGUUUCAAACAUCUUAAUUUCUGGUUAUUUCUUCUAUAAACAAGGGGGGAACGUACGGUGAAUUAUGUUGAAAGCUGGGGCUGAUUUGCAAUUUCCACCAGGAUUUAGAUUUCAUCCGACGGAUGAGGAGCUCGUCCUCAUGUAUCUCUGCCGUAAAUGCGCAUCGCAGCCGAUCCCUGCGCCGAUCAUCACCGAACUCGAUUUGUACAGAUAUGAUCCUUGGGACCUUCCCGACAUGGCUUUGUACGGAGAAAAGGAGUGGUAUUUUUUCUCACCAAGAGACCGAAAGUACCCAAACGGCUCAAGACCGAACCGGGCAGCUGGUACUGGAUAUUGGAAAGCCACAGGUGCUGAUAAACCAAUCGGUCGUCCUAAACCGGUUGGUAUUAAGAAAGCUCUAGUGUUUUACUCUGGAAAACCUCCUAGAGGAGAGAAAACCAAUUGGAUUAUGCACGAAUACCGACUCGCUGACGUGGACCGGUCGGUUCGCAAGAAAAACAGUUUAAGGCUGGACGAUUGGGUAUUGUGUCGUAUAUACAACAAGAAAGGUGUCAUCGAGAAGCGACGGAGCGAGAUGGAGAAGGACGUGAAGCCUAUGAUCGACACGUGUCCAGUAGCGCCUCCGGUGACGAUAAACUUCGACAGAGCGGAAAUGAUCGCUGGCUCGAGCUGCUCGGACCACCCAGUGGUCUCACCCGAGUUCACGUGCGAGGGUGAGAGCGAGCCGGGUAGAUGGAGCAACGGUCGGUCGAGUAACGCCAUUGAUUUUCCGUUUAAUUACGUAGAUGCCAUCGCCGAUAGCGAGAUUGUAUCGCGGCUAUUGGGCGCGAAUCAGAUGUGGUCGACGCUUGACCCACUUGUGGUUCGUCAGAGAAGUUUCUGAGUUGUCACGUGCGAGUUAGUGGAACUGUAGAAAGUACUAUUCUAUAUCACUGUCGUCGCACGUGUCGGCUAACCGGUUUGAACUUGCUAGCUAGAAAGGAACGAAAUGGGCUUUUGCCAACAAUUGGGCCCUUAGCUUUUCGCCUCGCUUAAUACGAGCUACACUACGUGUAAUGAUCCAACAACAUAGCACUACGUUUAUUUGAUCGGGAAUAAAUUGAUUUUAAAAUCUGAUAUAUAUUUUUUUCUUCAUAAUACAAUUAUGGAAUGGAUAAAAUCCCCUUAGCUGAAAUUAAUAAGUCAACA